GCGCCCGUGUUUUUGUGAUCGCGCCGCCAUGGCGCACCAGGCUGAUCGCGAUGAGCUCUUCAACAAGCUCAUGGCGAAAAAAGAAAACAGGCACUGCUUCGACUGCCAGACGCUGAACCCGAGGUGGACGAGCAAGAACUUUGGCGUCUUCAUCUGCCUCGACUGCUCCGGCGUCCAUCGUUCCUUGGGCGUGCACAUCACCCAGGUCAAGUCUGCGAACAUGGACAAGUGGACACCCGAGGAACUCGACGUGUUCAGGUCUUCGGGCGGUAACCGUAAGGCCGAGCUCUACUUCUCGCAGCACGGCUGGAGCGGGAGCCAGAGGGGCCAGAUCGCGCAGAAGUACACCUGCCGCGCCGCGGCGAUGUACAAGCAGCUGCUCGCGAAGGAGGCGGCGGCGAAGAAGACGGUGGUUAGCCCCGUGACGAGCCCGACGGCUGCGUCCGGAAAGACCUCGCACGAUUUCUUCGAGCCUUUCGAAGACAUCGCGCCCCCGAUCGCGCCCGCCGCCCCGAAGCCGCAGCCCGCGGCCCCGAAGCCGCAGAUCGUGCCCAAGCCCAUCAUGGCCGCCGCGAGCUCCCCCUCAGCCAGGCCUGCGGGAAGGAGCAGCAUCCUGACCGGUCGUCGCGUCGCCACUGCCGCGGGCGCCAAGAAAACCGGCGGGCUCGGCGCCAAGAAGCUGACGGUAAAGGUUGACGACUCCCUCUUCAACCAGGCUCCCAGUGAGGCAGAUCCGGCGCGCGAGGUGAAGCCUCCGUCGCCCAAGGUGGUGACCGUCGGAGCCCCCGCCGCGCACGUCGCGCCCCCUUCCCAGGGCAGGUUCGCGUACAACGUGGGUGGGUUCGGCGAGGAGAAGAAGGAGGAGGAGGAGUGGGAGGAUGCGAAGGAGGAUUUCGACCCCGCGUCGGCUAGCACCGGGUCGCGGGGGUUCAGGUCCAUGAGCGCAAAGAACGACCCGAGGAUGGCGCCCAAGCCCGCGCCCCCUCCCCGCGACGACGUGGCGCAGAGCAGGUUCGGUGGCGCUAAAUCCAUCUCGUCCAGCGCCUUCUCCAACGGCGACGACGUCCGUGGCGACAACGGGUACGGGGGUAACGGAAACAGCGCGAGCAGGUUCGCGAACUCCACCUCCAUCUCGUCAGAUGACUACUACGGCCGCUCGUCCGGAAGGAGGUCCAUGGAUGAACACGUGGACAUGACCGCGGGGGAUCUCAUGCACAAGAUGGCGCUCCACGCUAAGCAGGACAUCCAGGUCGCGAAGGAGAUGGCCAGCAGGGGGGCCAGGGCGUUGGGAUCCCUCCUUGAGGAGUUCAAAUAACUCGAAUUCAUUUUAUCUUGAGCGAACACCCAGAAAACUUCUUCGCU